CCACCAAGAACUAAGCCAGCCAGCCAGCCCACGCCCGGAUGACGAGAGCGAUCAGUCAAUCGAUAACGCACACCUCGACCCCCCAGCUUGUCGACUCUCCAAUAUAGUCAAACACACGACAACAUCAUCCAUCCCAAUUGAAUAUCCAUAGCCGCCAAAGUCUGCCUGUCUUGCGUUGCCGUGCCGCCGUUGUCCCCUAUCGAUUACACACCUAUCAUCGUGGACUCGCGCGAGACCCUUCCACCUCUCUAACCACCACGCCGCCAACAACCUCGAUGCCGACGAACAUUCCGCGUCCAUGACUACCCUUGUGCAGACACGUCAGCCGCUGCAAAUUCUUAGCAUGAGCAACCAGCCUAAACGGAGGAGGAGCGAGCGGAUAGCUUCGUACGAUGAACAAGAUGGGGAUUUCCAGUUUACGCGCAACUCGAAGCGUACGAAGACGGCGCAUCCCGAUCCCAUACCCGAGGAUGAGCUGGCACCUGCGCCUGGACCCGCGCCAAAAGCCGCGCCUAGGAGAGGGCGCCCUCCGAAGAGGAAAGCUGAUCACGAGGAACCACCGAAGCCAGCACCAAAACCAGCGCCAAAACCAGUACCAACGAGGACCUCGAAACGGAGGUCAAGCCAGGCACAAACCCAGUCAGACGUCACCCCGCCAUCGCAAAGAGUUACGAGGCAUAAGACGCGUUCCUCCAUAGAUAAGCUUGAUCCUGUACCUACGAAAAUCAUAAACAAUGCGCCAAAGAGCCGACCAAUACAGGAGGAGCGCGAAGUGGAGACAGCGUCGACGCCAAUGGAUAUCGACAAAGUCCAGAGGACAGAAGAGGUUUCGGAAGCCAAGAAGAUCGCCCUACCGUUCAGCGAUACGCCCAUAAUAAACCGCAAUAAGGAGAUGCGAAAGAAGACGGGGAACAGAAGGAGUAGUUUAGGAAUGCGCGGCCGAAGAGCAAGCUCUUUGAUGAACAGUGGGCACAGCGCGAUACCGCACCGGGAGGUGCACGCAUCCGAGUUCUACAAACAUAUUGAAGCUGAUGGACUACCCGAGCCUCGCCGGAUGAAACAACUUUUGACGUGGUGUGGGGAGCGAUCAUUGGCAGAGAAACCGCCGCUCGGCUCAUUGAAUUCUAAUGCGAUUCUGGGUGCUCGAGCGAUUCAGGAUCAGCUGCUGAAAGAUUUUUCAGCACGGUCCGAGUUCUCAGACUGGUUUUCUCGGGAGGAUGUCCCCGUUGUUCCUAGACCACCAGCAAUCGUCAAACCAAAUCCACGGAACAUUGAACACGAUGAGCAAAUUGUUGCAUUAGAGGAGAGAAUAAAACGGUUAAAAGCGGAAAAGAAGAAAUGGCAAUCCCUUAAACAGCAAGCUCCUGAAAUGCCAUUGCUUUUCAAUCCAUCUGAGCCUGUUGCUAAUGAUAGUCUCCCGGAUGCUUCAUUACUUGACCCGGAUGAAGCGCAAAUUCUGGCGUCACUUACAGGCCCAUCAGAGACAUCUAUCAAGUCACUGAUACCGACAACACAGAGUCGAUUAAGGGACAUACAAAAGUCUCUCGAGUUCAACAUCGACCGCUUAGCAGAUAGCGUUCACAAGAUCGAGCAGCGCAUGGUAGCAGCCGGCCGGCAGGCGGAUAGGGUGCUCAACCUCACCGCAACUAGGUUAAAAGAGCGCGAAGAGCGGGAAAAGACGCGCGCGGGCACCAAGGACAUGCCCAUCAUGGAAGUCCUUCGGGGUCUAAGCAAGAUAUUACCCGACGGCGGCGGCGGGUGAGGAGAUAAGAGAGAAAAAAGAUUCCAGAAAGAAAGAAUGAAAUGAAAUUCAAUAAACUGUAUAUAUGCAGCAAGCAUUGAUCAUCUUUUUGUCGUUCACGGCGUACGAGGGCGGGGAAAUCACCAAGCAUUAAGGGAGGGGGGACAAACCAUUCCGGAAGAUACCAAUUGUUUUUUUUUUUCGCCUCUUUUUUCUUCUUCUUUUCGUUUGAUUCAAAUAAGAAGGCUUGUGCCUAGGGAGGCUGGAGGCUAGAGGCGGAAUGCUCUUUUUUUGUGUUGUGAAGAAGCUGAGAAGAGGGAAUAUCCCGAUUCUUAUGUUUCUUUGCGGCAGUGGUGUUGGGGGUGGCGGAUAGGUAGGACAGGCAGGGCAGGUAGGGUAGGCACAUUCAUGGCAAAUGAGAUCACGAUUUGGGAUUACGCAUGAAGAAGUAGAACUGAACUGAACUGAUUGACAAGGACUUGGGUAGAUGGGACUUGUGUGCUGUGCUUCUGUUGUUCUGUAAUGCGGAUUCGUUCGUUCAUUUAUUGGUAAGUGAGUUAUGUUGUUGAGUUUUGUGGUUGUAGCUGUGUAAAAGGUACAGAUAUAUAUAUAUAUGUGUGUGUGUGUGCGUGUGUGUGAGCGGGGAGAGCGAGUGAGGAAUGGAGUGGAGGAUAUACGUGAUCUUGAAAUUUGGGAUUAGAGAGUGAGUAUAAGGC